AAAUCCGGAUCAGCCAGCCGCAACCCGGCGCAGCGCACACAGCAAAACGUUCGAAAACCAGACUAGGCCCAAAUCUCUCUCUCUCUCUCUCUCUCUCCACCCCGUAUGCGCGGAGCCGCAGCUCGCAGCACCACCACCAGCGGCCAGUCGCCAUGAUCGUGCGCACCUACAGCCGCAGAUCCCGCUCCUCCUUCUCCUCCGACGGCGGCGCCGGCGCCGGAGGGGAGCCGCGCGGCCUCUCGUCCUCGCAGGACGCCUUCGACUUCGACGCCGGGGAUGGGAACGACGACGACCUCCCGCUGCUGGGCUCCUCCUCCUCGCAGCCCUUCCCGGCGUCCCAGGAGUCCUCCUCCAUGUGGGACUUCGACGAGGACCCGCCCACGCACCAGCCGCCGCCCCCCUCCCUCCUACUAGACGGCCCGCGGCGGCGCGGGAGGGGGGCAAGAAAAGGGGCGCGCGCGGACCCCGAGCCGGCCGCCACCGCCACGCUCAUGGAGGCCGAGGAGUACGGGGAGAUGAUGGAGAGCGUCGACGAGGUCAAUUUCGCGCUCGACGGGAUGCGGCCCACCGCGCCCAGGCGGGUGCGCCGCGCCAGCAUGCUCAGCUUGCUAGGGAUCUGCGCCUCCGCCGCGCACCGACGCACCCUACGGGCUCAGGGAUUGGUGCAGCAAAUUAUCGAUAAUGUUUUGGUUCUUAACAUCGAUGAUCCUCCCCUCGGUGUUGCAGCAGCAGCUCUUUUAUUUGUUUUGGCAAGUGAUGUACAAGACAAUCAUUUGCUAGAUUCAGAAUCCUGUAUCCAGUUUCUUCUUAAAUUAUUAAACCCUCCAGUGGAUGCUAUUGAUGCCAAAGCACCAUCUAUAGGUUCCAAACUUCUUGGAAUCAGUAAAGUUACAAUGCUCAAUGGCUCAAAUAAGGAUUCUGAUUCCAGUUCAGAGGAUAUCAUUUCAAAAGUUGAAGAAAUCCUCUUAGGUUGUAAGGAAAUCAAGCCACUUGGCAAGGAUGACAGGAGAACAUCGAGGCCGCAAUUAUGUUCAAAAUGGCUUGCUUUGUUGACAAUGGAAAAGGCAUGCUUGUCUGGCGUUGCAUUAGAGGAGACUUCUGACAAGGUGUCUAGAGUUGGAGGAGAUUUUAAAGAAACAUUAAGGGUGUCAGGUGGUCUUGAUAAUAUUUUUGAUGUUAUGAUAGAUUGUCAUUCGACACUGGAGAGAAUUGUAAAGGAUGCAUCCAUUCUGUCCUUGGACAUAAAAGAAGGAACAUCUUUGGAAAGUGCUGCGCUCCUCUUGAAAUGUUUGAAGAUUUUAGAGAAUGCAACGUUUUUAAGUUACGAUAACAAGGUCCACUUGCUUAGCAUGAGUAGAAGACUGAGUCCUAGAGGCUCUCCACUUUCUCUUGUUGGUGUUAUUAUCAGUAUUAUUGAAUCAUUAUCAGUUCUGUCUCUCCUUCAAAAUUCUUCAGUUGCUUCGAGCAGCACAGCAGACAGCAAGGGUGCAAUUUCGUUGAAUGGUACUGACAAGUGCAAGAACUCAAAGAUAAAUAACCUUUCGCUGAACCUGAAACGCCAAAAUUGCGCAUCUGCCAAAUCAGAUGUUUCUCAUAUUUCUAUAUCUUCUAGUAGUGAUGUUGGCCUGUCACAAAUGACGCUCGAUUGUUCCCAGUCUAUUUCAAGUAACAGGGUAUCAAGUGGUUCAUUAGGUGAAAAGCACAGCAAUGAUGUUGGUAUGAAGCUCAAUAUAAGAAAGGAUCGUGGUAAAGCCAACCCUGUUAGAGGGUCAAGUGGAUGGGUUUCUAUAACAGGACCAAAUUCUGAUGGAACCUCCAGAGAAGUGGCAAAACGAAGGCGUCUAUCUGAAAAUGGCAACAGUGAUUUGAGCACUGGUAGUGGUAGUGAUCCUUUUGCAUUUGAUGAUGUUGACCAGGAGCCUUUAAAUUGGGGGCUAUUUGGUUCAAAAAAGAAAUCAUCCCAGGGACGUCAAGCAAAAUCAGCAAAUGAGAAACUAUCAGAAGAUUGUGAGAUUGCGGCCAUUGGAACUCAGGAAUCAUGUCAACCUGAAGAUAAUCAUCAAUUGGGUUCAACAUCCCCUUCUAAUGUUGAUGAUGAGUCCAGUCUUUUGGAAGAAUGCCUUCUGGCGUCAAUUAAGGUUCUUAUGAACUUAGCAAAUGACAACCCAUCUGGUUGUGAACAUAUUGCAUCAUGUGGUGGACUUAACACCAUGGCCUCCUUGAUCAUCAAGCAUUUCCCUUCAUUUGAUUUCUCCAUAGACAAGAACUAUGAAACGAAAGAACGAGUGUCCUCUGACCGAGAUGUUGAUCUUGGACAAGACCUGACCUAUUCCGAGGACCACAAAGCACGCCAAGUUAAAGCUAUGCAACUGCGAGAUCACGAGCUUGAUUUUCUGGUUGCCAUAUUGGGCUUGCUUGUAAAUCUCGUGGAGAAAGAUAGCCUUAAUAGGGUACGGCUUGCAUCUGCCCGUGUUUCUGUUGAUCUACCCUCACGGAGUGAAAAGGCACAGAGGGAUGUUAUACCACUCCUCUGUUCAAUUUUCUUAGGAAGUCAAGGUUCCGCGGAAGCUUCUGCACCUAUAUCACCGGAUGAUGAAGAGUCUUUGAUGCAAGGAGCACGAGAAGCUGAAAUGAUGAUCGUGGAGGCCUAUGCCGCCCUCCUGCUUGGUUUUCUUUCGAUAGAAAGCAUGAAGGUUCGAGGAGCCAUUUCCAGUUGCCUUCCAAAUAACAGCUUAAAAGUUCUUGUGCCUGCGCUAGAGAAAUUUGUGGCGUUUCAUCUGCAGCUUAAUAUGAUGACAGAUGAAACGCACUCAGCUGUUACAGAAGUUAUCAACAAAUGCAAACUAGGAUGAUAGAAUGGUGAAUGGGUAUUUGUACAGACUGACUUUGCAGCUAAGGCAUACACGAGUGUUCCUCCUCGUCCCCUGGGGCGCUGCAGAUGGGUGGAGUCUGACUGACUGUCUGACCUGCAGUGGGCUUGGGAGCUAACCAUGGUGUCAUUCUUUUGCUAUUUUUCUUUUGUCCCCUGUUGUUGUUGCUCCUCCUCUGUUUUGUGCGUUCCUCCUCCCAGCUCUCAGAUCAUGUACUGUGGUAGUUCUCUUAGGCCAUUUAAUUGAAUGUAACAUAACAUGAUAGGGAAUGUAGUGUGUGUACUGUUUUGGUUAUUCGGCUGUUCCACAAAUAUUGUAAUCUGUACUAGCACCAACAGUGACCACAGAUGCCUAAAUCUGACUAUAAUAGAAUUUGCUGUCUCCAUGCCA